GUAGAUGUUCUGGGUGACUGAAGAGUCAACGUGGGAAGCCAGGUUGAAGCCAGAGUCUCACACAACACCCUGAGUGGCAAUAGGGCCACCUAGGAUGGCGACUCCUGGACUGAGGAGAGUUGCUGAAGAAGUUUGUGCAGGGAAGGAAUAAAGGAUUAUGCAAGAAUUUGAGAGCCAAGGCAGAAUGCAACUGGCCCCCAGGCCCAGGUGGGCCAGCGCUCAUUUAGCGGCAAGCUUGCCCACAGCACAUCUCCAUAGAAAUGGAACCCGCAGGGACUGGAGGAUGUAAUUACCCGAGGAUAUGGCAAAGAGAGGAGAGGAGUUCUCACACCAACAAGAAAGGUGAGCCUGGGGUCUUCAAAGGCAGCCCGCCCAGGGCCUGCCACGUGGCUUCCAAGUGGGCACACUUCAGGGCUGGGUGAGAAAUGCUUGGAAACCUGGGUGCUCCCUUCUGGGCGGCUUAUAAAAGCCACCCCAGGUCCGGCUCCUUAAGGAGGGGUGACGGGGACGGGGACGGGGAUGAAGCCAGGCAGGAAGGGCAAGGGAUCAGACCAAGCCAAUGCUCGCCGCCUCCAUCUUCCGUCCGACACUGCUGCUCUGCUGGCUGGCUGUUCCCAGGCCCACCCAGCCUGAGAGCCUCUUCCAUAGCCGGGAUCACUCGGACCUAGAGCCAUCCCCACUGCGCCAGGCCAAGCCCAUUGCUGACCUCCACGCUGCUCAGAGGUUCCUGUCCAGAUAUGGCUGGUCGGGGGCGCGGGCGGCCUGGGGGCCCAGCCCCGAGGGGCCGCUGGAGACCCCCAAGGGCACCGCCCUGGCGGAGGCGGUGCGCAGGUUCCAGCGGGCGAACGCGCUGCCGGCCAGCGGGGAGCUGGAUGCGGCCACCCUGGCGGCCAUGAACCGGCCGCGCUGCGGGGUCCCGGACACGCGCCUGCCACCCCCUGCUGCCCCGCGUGCGCCCCCGGGCCCGCUCCCCAGAGCCCGCCCCAGGCGCUCCCCGCAGGCACCGCUGUCCCUGUCCCUGUCCCUGUCCCGGCGGGGUUGGCAGCCCCGGGGCUCCUCCAACGGUGGGGCCGUCCAGGCCUUCUCCAAGAGGACGCUGAGCUGGCGGCUGCUGGGCGAGGCUCUGAGCAGCCAGCUGUCCGCGGCGGAGCAGAGGCGCAUCGUGGCCCUGGCCUUCAGGAUGUGGAGCGAGGUGACGCCGCUGGACUUCCGCGAGGACCUGGCCGCCCCCGGGGCCGCGGUCGACAUUAAGCUGGGCUUUGGGAGAGGCCGGCACCUGGGCUGUCCCCGGGCCUUCGAUGGGAGCGGGCAGGAGUUUGCACACGCCUGGCGCCUAGGUGACAUUCACUUUGACGAUGAUGAACACUUCACACCUCCCACCAGUGACAUGGGCAUUAGCCUUCUCAAGGUGGCAGUCCAUGAAAUUGGCCAUGUUCUGGGCUUGCCUCACACCUACAGGACAGGAUCCAUAAUGCAACCAAAUUACAUUCCUCAGGAGCCUGCGUUUGAGUUGGACUGGGCGGACAGGAAAGCGAUUCAAAAGCUGUACGGCUCCUGUGAGGGAACAUUUGAUACGGCAUUUGACUGGAUUCGCAAAGAGAGAAACCAAUAUGGAGAGGUGAUGGUGAGAUUUAGCACGUAUUUCUUCCGCAACAGCUGGUACUGGCUUUACGAAAACCGAAACAAUAGGACACGCUAUGGGGACCCUAUCCAAAUCCUUGUUGGCUGGCAUGGAAUCCCAACACACAGCAUAGAUGCCUUCGUUCACAUCUGGACAUGGAGAAGAGAUGAACGUUAUUUUUUUAAAGGAAAUCAAUACUGGAGAUAUGACAGUGACAAGGACCAGGCCCUCACAGAAGAUGAACAAGGAAAAAGCUAUCCCAAGUUGAUAUCCGAAGGAUUUCCUGGCAUCCCAAGCCCCCUAGACACAGCCUUUUAUGACCGAAGAAAGAAGUUAAUUUACUUCUUCAAGGAGUCCCUUGUAUUUGCAUUUGAUGUCAACAGAAAUCAAGUACUUAAUUCUUAUCCAAAGAAGAUGACUGAAGUUUUUCCAGCAGUAAUACCACAAAACCAUCCUUUCCGAAAUAUAGAUUCUGCUUAUUACUCCUAUGCAUACAACUCCAUUUUCUUUUUCAAAGGCAAUGCAUACUGGAAAGUAGUUAAUGACAGGGACAAACAACAGAAUUCCUGGCUUCCUACUGAUGGCUUAUUUCCAAAAAAGUUUAUUUCAGAGAAGUGGUUUGAUGUUUGUGAUGUCCAUAUCUCUACACUGAACAUGUAAUGAGAAAAAAAUGGAAAAUGGAGAGUCAAGUCAUAGGACUUCGCUAAGACAAAAAUUCUGACAUUGUUUACAAAGAAAACCAGAUUUUCAGUAGCUGAGGCAAAUAUGGCUCUGUAAGUUAAAACCCAGUGGAAAAAGCCUUAGUUGAACUUUUAAAAGACUUGAUUUAAAAAUCAGUUGCUCAGAUAAAACAUAAUUCAUAACCUAGAAAGGUUAAAAACAAAACAAAAAAACAAAACUAAGCAUCCAAAGAUCUUUGUCUGCUUGCUGCUCUGUGGGGCUCUGCCCAUCCCAACUGCUUGCCCACCUGAUUUAUGGGAGUUGGAAAGGUGACCAGAGCCAUGGGUCAAGCUAUCAAGGAAGGAGACGCCAUGGAUAUGAUCUUACUGAGGGAUUCGACUGGAAAGGUCACGGAAUUCAAAUGAAUUGCACUCCAAGGUCCCUGUCAGAAUGACAUUUCUCUAAUGACAGUAUAUAAAAGGCUUUCAAGUGCAUUUCUCUCUUGAUCUUCACAACUCUGUCAGCGCGGCAGGAUGGAUACUAUCGUACACAUUUCCAGUCAUAUUAACCAAAGUUCAUCUGUUGGAUCCGGCCAAAAGUCAAAUGCAGUGGCAGCUCUGGGCCCUCAUCUCCAAAUUCCAGCCCAGGGUCCUCUGCACUUCCUCUGUAUCACCGUGGUGGUGGCUGGCCCUGCAGUGCGUUGCGCCAUCUGGUUUGAACACACAGGCCUGCAACCCAAAUGGUCCUGAACAGAACAACUCUUCUGGUUCACUGUAAUUCACUUAGUGUUCUCUCCUGGCACUUUAUAUGACAGUUUACUUAGGUUCUAAAGACCAGACUACCAAAAGGAGACUCUUGAAGCUAGUUGGAUAAUUUUAUUUUUCCAUUUAUGUCUAGGAUAGGCAUAUGUCCCUUCCACUUUUACAUAAUACGGCUAUUAACUCUUAACCCGAAUGAAACCCAAUGUCAUUUGUAAUGAAGUGAACAAAACCCAGGCGAUGAAAUGAACUAAAAUGGUUUCAGUAGCCUCAAUGAUCAGGCCACAAAUACCAAAUUUCUUCUUCUAAAGUAACAGCUAAAACACAGUUGAAGAUAGCAGUUUAAUGGACUGAAGGAGAAGAAAUGACAAUCGAGACUCAAAUAUACUGAGGAGUUUCAUCACUUCUUCUCGAUUGA